CAGCAUGGCUGAAACGGUUGGUGACGGUGUGGCGGCUCCUCUGCCUGGAAGAUGCGCCUUUUACGUUGUAAAGAAGAAACGCUACUGCAAAAUGGUCGUUGGAAGUGGAAAAGCGUUUUGUGGUGAACACGCGAAUGCAGAUAAAGACAGUGAGAGGAGAAGGAUCCCCUGCCCUCUGGACCCUAAACACACUGUGUUUGAAGACAGUUUGGCAAAACACCUGAAAAAGUGCAACUCAAAGGAGAAGCCCAAGCCUGUUUAUUAUGUAAAAGACAUCAAUGCUGGGUCUGUAAAUGAAGAGGAGGAUGCCGUAGAUGAGGUGUCCAUCGCUGAGCGGACCAAAGAGGAGUUGGAUGACCUGAUUGGGAAAAUGAAGACUGCCCUGCAAGGAUUGAGCAUCAAACCUGUCAGUGACAUCCUCUCUCAUCCAGCUCUAAAUGAAGCUCUCAAUGAUCCAAAGAAUGGCAACUUUGCUUUCAAACACCUCAAGCAACAGGCCUCGAUCCUGGGGAAUAUGGAGGCUUUGGAGCUGCUCGGUCCUCGCAGGUGCUACGUUGAGUUUGGUGCUGGCAAAGGGAAGCUUUCACAUUGGAUUCAUGUUGCACUUCAGAAAGCUGAGGACGUCCACUUUCUGCUAGUGGAGAGGUCCAGCACUCGGUUUAAGGUAGACGGCAAACACAAAAACACAGACUCAACAUUUGACAGACUACAAGUUGAUAUUCAGCACCUUGAUUUAAGAAAAGUUCCCAUUUUGAGAGAAAAGGGGCUUCCGGUGAUUGCAGUGGGUAAACACCUGUGUGGUGCAGCAACUGACCUGGCUCUGAGAUGUUUAUUUGAGCAUGGACUUAGAGAAGAAGACAGUCAGCCGCCCACCAAGCGUAUAAAGCUGAGUGAGCGAGCUGAGGAGGAAACGGCGCCCCCUAUCCCAGCAGACGACAAAGAAACUAGAGGAGAACUUGUAGUAUCAGGAGUUGCCAUUGCCCUGUGCUGUCACCAUCGCUGUGACUGGAGGCAUUACGUGGGGAAGGAGUUCUUCAGAGAACGAGGCCUUGGACCUAGAGAGUUCGCUGCCUUCCAGCGCAUGUCCAGCUGGGCUACUUGUGGCAUGAGUGGAGUUAGCCACGCCCACAAGAAAUCCCUACAAGAGAAUGUCAGUGCGACAGAAGAAGAAGAAGAGGCUGAACAUGAAGGGAGUUAUGAGACAAUACCAGAUAACCUCAACAGCGCUGUAUCAGCAGAGGAGCGAGAGCACAUAGGACGCCUGUGCAAGAUGCUGAUCGACCACGGAAGGCUGCAGUACCUCCAGCAAAGAGGCUUCAAGUCCAACCUUAGAUAUUACACCAGCAGAGACGUGUCCUUAGAGAAUGUGCUGCUGACUGCUGUUCCUGUCUAAAAUCCUGCACCCUAAUGCUGGAAACAGGCAUUACAUAUACAUACAAACAUUACACACAUACAGCAAGGAGCAUAUUGUUGCUGUCAUCGCAAAACCUCAGAACUCCAUUUUUUGGUCUUUUUUUCUUCUUACUCCAUUUGAAAAUGGCAGCUGCUUUUUACGUAGACUUCUGAAGUCGUGUCAGCAAAAUGCCCAUAUAAGGAAUUCAGAGUCUAAGCUGGUGUUCUGUAUGGGGGGAUAAAUGAACAGCAUUUUCGAACAAAAAUGUUCCAAAGCUGAUAUGUUUUGUCCUGCAUAUAUUUUAUUUCAAAUAUCACUAAAUCCUCUGAGAUCCUUAAUGCUGCGGUCUGUAAGUUUGUUUUGUUAAAAUUGAAAGAAAUAGCAUCACAGAGUCAAGACAACACGCAACGCGAAACUUACAUAGUGCAGCUUUAAGUAGUCGAAAAUGAAUAUUGUUACAUAAAAGUUAACGCUACCGCUCAUUCAAAUGACAUCAAACUGACAACCUCACCAAAACCCCAUGCAAAGCUUUGUCCAAGUGUGUGGUAGUUAAGUUGCUUUGGCAUUUGUAGCCUAGAGUUUGUGUAGCUGGAAUUGAUUUGAAAUGGAGUUAAAUUACAGAAUUAGACUAACGUUCAUGUAAUGUAAUUUCAAUGCUCAAGCGUGUUAGCUUGCUUGUAGCAUUAUGUAUAUUUCGACUGCUAAAUGGCCUCUCAAUUCAGAGGAUCCAGUGACAUACAGAGGGAAAAGUGUACGCAGGACAAAAUGGAUCAGCUUUGGAACAUUUUUGUUUACCCCAUGGCACAAGAGCAGCGAUUUUUUAAAAUGGCAUUCAUUUUUCCCAUAGAGAAGAACAGCUUAGACCUCAAGUUCCUUCUUUGGACGUAAGAACGCACAACUUUAGAGGUUUACUGCGUGAAAAUUUUAUGACGAAUGGACUAAUAGAAAUAGUCCAAAAUGACUUGGAAUAAUAUCUUGUUACAUUGGCGUACAUUAAAAUAAGAAGUUACAUUAGAAUAUGAGUUUUUCCAUGUAUAAAGUUUCCUUUUCUGAGAAAUGAGGGUUUUGUUAUGACAGUGACUAAACAUUCUUUCUUUUGCCAUGAACAUUUGGACAGACUGGCAGCAGCUGGCACAGUAAGCAGUUGACACAACAGCACAAAUAGCAGUAUGGUGCCCCCUAGUGCACUGACUAGAAUGCAGAAGAGGCUUUACAGGACGUGCAGGACAGAUGGGACAGGACAGGCCACCGUGGACGAAAGAGCAGAGCAGACGGUGGCAUGCAGGACGUCACUAUGAUGACGCAGUGAUCUCUAAACCACCGUCCACCGUCACAUUUAGCACAGAGGUGUAAGUCUGGGAAUCUGGAACACAUAGAUUGAAAUCAGGUUAUUCACAGACGUUGUAAUUUUAGCUUUAUUUUAUUUUAUUUUUUCAUUUUUAUAUGAAAACUGUUCUAGUAUUUGUGCGCACGGUGCACAUUGAGUAUAGCGUAACCUCUUUUGCGGGCCUCGUGGAUGUAGUGGUGCAUGAACUCUCGGCCAAACAUUUCCCUGUCGUUCUCCUCUUCGUCCACAUCCUCUUUCACAUCUGGCAGAGUCACGUCGUAGGUCAGCGGAUUGUCUCUGAAAUUUACAAACCUGCCAGAAAAAUCAUCGUAAAACCUUAAUUUAUACAUGAUUCUUUUUAUUCAUCAGUAAAAUUGGAAUUUUCUCUU